CCUUACCACAGUCGAAACGUAAACAGUUUAAUUGUGUACUUUCGCCUACAGAAAUUACGUUUCUCCUUCAAACGAAAAACAAUUAGCGUUUUUGUGUCUACAUCAAACCAACUCGAUUUUUAGAAAACCAAUAAUCUUUCAAACCUAGAAGCACAUUUUAUUGGAUUUGAUAUUGAUGAUAAAGUACUGAAAAGAUUUGAAAAUAAGAAAAAAUUAUUAAAAAUGGAACUUAGUAAAGAAACGAGUGAGCCUAUGGAAGUAGACAAGCCAACUGACAGUCCAUCCAUUGUUCAUAAUAAUCAUGUUAAUAAAAAGAAACUAUCUAAAUCAAGUAAACUUACUACUCCUAAAUUCAACUUAACUUCUUCUAACACUAGAAUUCUCCGUAGUGCUGGAAGAAUAAAAAAUUAUGAUAUAAGAGAUGCAAUUUUUAAAAUCCCAUUUGAGCAUGGAUGGAAACGAGAAUUAGUAUACAGAACAUCGGGUGAAUCUGGUGUUGUUACUCGAGCCAAUAGAAGUGCCGAUGUAUACUAUUAUUCUCCAAAUGGCCAGAAACUAAAAUCAUUACGAGACAUUAAGGAACAAUUGGAUAUUUCAUCUGAUAAAACUUCUCUUACUAUAGAAAGUUUUACAUUUGUAACAAAACCAAUUGGCAUAAAUGAUAAAUCAAAAGAACUGAUAAGAUCUAAAUAUGUCAAAUCAUUUAAGGAUGACACUACUGUUGGCGUUGCUGUUAAACCUAAAAAAUCUAAAACACCUAAACAACGCCCACCAUUUGAUUCUGAAUUGACAGGUGAUGGAAACAAAAAGUCUGUUAGUAAAUCGAGACUUGAUUUAAAAAAAGCGAAGACUUCCACAACAUCAAAAUCUAAAAAAGAACUUAAAACUUCUACAUUCAAUUAUACGUAUAUAGCACCACCUAAAAAUAGAAUGCCUCAUAGUGUAAGAAGAAAUAUUAAUUGUCUAAUAAACGAUUCUAUUUUUAAACUCCCAUUUGAGCAUGGAUGGAAACGAGAAUUAGUAUACAGAACAUCGGGCGAAUCUGCUGUUGUUACUGAGGACAAUAGAAGUGGUGAUAUAUACUAUUAUUCUCCAAAUGGCCAGAAACUACGAUCAUUACAAGAAAUACAGGAAUAUUUGAAUAUUUCAUCUGAUAAAACUACUCUAACUAUAGACAAUUUCACUUUCUUAGCAAAACCGAUUUUCGUGUAUGAUGAAUCAAAAGAACGAAUCAGAGAUGCAAAUUUCAAAUUAUAUAUGAAUGAGACUACUGAUGAUAUUGCUGUUCUACUUCAAAAAUCUAUAACACCUGAACAGCGCACACCAGUUGAUUAUGAAUUGACAGGUGAUGGAAACAAAAAGUGUGCUAGUAAAAUGAAACACAUUUUAAAUAUGUGAAGACUUCCUUAAAAUCAAGAUCCAAAAAAAGUGAGUCACAUAAAUGUAUAAUACAUGGAUCAAAAAACAUUAGUUCCUGCUCUAGAGAAAUUGUUAGAUACAACGAUGCCGGAUGCUAAAACUAGGCUAAUUAAGAUUCCCUUUUCGAGAAC